GAAUUUGACAGUUCUUGUAUUAAUUCAUGUGUUGAUUAAACAGUGGCAUAAUAUAUUUAUUUUUCACAUUUAAUUGAUUUCAAAGGUUCCCUUUGUUGCAUCGUUACAAAUUUAGCUGAAGAAAUAGUUUUGCAAGUCUUAUGUAACAGUGUUGUGAAAGUGUAUUUGACAUUUAGGUACUAUUUUGAUUGUUGAUAACUUUUACUUUUGUAGGGUUUCUAUAAAAUGUGGAUAUCCUAACAUUAAAAAUAGUAUAUCCUUAACAAGUUGUGCAUAUCUGUGCAAAUUGCACAGCGAUGAGUAACGCUGGUCGGCCUAACGUAAUGAAUAAUUUGCCACCUGGUGUUAACCCUGAAAAUAAUAUUUUCCCCGGAGGUCCAUUAGUAAAUCAAAUGAUGAAUCGUACAAACAGAAAUAACAAUCAAAACCCUCUAUUCAACGUCAGAGAGAGGCUAUUCCAUGCCUUAUUCUUCAAAUUUGCAGUAGCAUAUGCAAGAACAUUUCCGAGACCAGUUAGAAGAUUUUUUGAAUUUCUCGUGCUACUGAAAGCCCUUGUUGCUUUUUUUGUUCUUGCAUAUAUUCAUAUAGCAUUUUCAAGAACUCCUACUACUUGUUUGAAUCAUGUGAAAGACUCAUGGCCACGACACGGCAUCCUUCGUGUGGAAAUAUUGAAGAACCCUGCUCAUGAUUAUACUAUUGAACAAAGCUAUGCAAAGGAAAGAAAACUGAAAAGGGAUAAGGAAGAAUUCAAUUCAAUGCUCGGAAUGUUAGCUACAGAAGGAUUCAUCAAUAUAGAAUCGUCAUCCAAUGAAGAUAUAAAGGAAGAUGAGUAUUUACGAGAUGGCACUGACUAUGGAAACAUCACCCAAGUUCUUGAUGAGAAUACAGAUGAACAUCCACCCGAUCAAGUUAUAGAGACUGCGUACUUUCUUGAAAGCAAAUCGGACGAGUUGCCAGAUAAUCCAGAGCCAGAUCUUAAUUCAACAAUAUUUCCAGUCGUAGAUGUGGAACCCUCGACUUCAAUAUGGCAAGGAAUUAUGGGACUUGUUGAUGAAUUGGAUGCUGAUCCUAUAAUACCUGAGGAACCUCUUGAUGUGGCACCAGCAAAUGAUACGUCAAGAGAAGAAGAUUACAUCCUCGAGUAUUCGUUAGAAUAUGGUUUCCUAAGACUAACGCCGAGUGCUCGUUUGCACUUCAAGAUACCCGUGAAAAUAGUGACAUUGGACCCGCAGAAAGAUGCCUGCUUUGGAGACUCCUUCUCCCGUUUUGUACUGGACGAGUUUCUGGGGUAUGAUGACCUGCUUAUGGCCUCAAUAAAGACAUUGGCCGAACAAGAGGACAAUAAAGGUUAUUUAAGGAACGUGAUAACCGGGGAACACUAUCGCUUUGUCUCGAUGUUGACGUCACGCACCUCCUACAUCGCCGCCUUCUUCAUUAUGCUAGUCUUUACGGUAUCUAUUUCAAUGCUGCUUCGGUACGCCCACCACCAGAUCUUCGUUUUCAUUGUGGAUCUGCUGCAAAUGCUGGAGUUCAACGUAGCAGUGUCGUUCCCGGCGGCUCCCCUCCUCACAGUCAUAUUGGCGUUAGUCGGUAUGGAGGCGAUAAUGUCGGAGUUCUUCAACGAUACAACGACAGCUUUCUAUAUUAUACUGAUCGUGUGGAUAGCCGAUCAGUAUGACGCGAUUUGCUGCCAUACGUCCAUUGCCAAACGACAUUGGUUAAGAUUCUUCUACCUGUAUCACUUCUCGUUCUACGCAUAUCACUACCGCUUCAACGGACAAUACAGCAGUCUGGCACUGGUUACCUCCUGGCUGUUCAUACAACACUCUAUGUUGUACUUCUUCCAUCAUUACGAGUUGCCUGUGAUACUACAGCAGGCCCACCUGCAACAGCUACUUCUCCGGACUCAUCACGGUAUGGGAGGGAUGAUGGGGCUAGCGGGCAUCGCGGCCCUAGCCAGCGGCGCCGCCUAUCACGAUGCACCCGGCACCGCUACGCAAGCCACUCCGCCUACCACGCAGUCAACCACACAAACGGUACAAAACACCGCUCAAUCUACAACUCAAACUUCGCCAUCCGUAUCAACCGCGCAGACAAACACCACACAUACCGGUGAAGUUAUGACAUCUAGAGGGACUUCACCAGAAACCAUAGCAACAGGGACAAACACGGUCAAUGAUACAAUUAUACCUUCGCCGGUAUCCAAUCAACAUAAUGAUUUAAUAAGCAACUUCGAAAAGAAUACUUCUAUCAACCAGAGUGGCGACAACGGUAUGAAAAUUGAGGAGAUUGCUAGAAAAACAUCUGAAGGCGAUAUCAGAAUGGUAAAAAGUAAUAAUUCGGCUGCGGGUGAUUUUGAGAGCGCUAAAAAACCUUUGCCUGCCGCAGCUAGUGAUGAAAAUGUUAAUGUUAGCGUCGCCAAAGCUGAUGUGGCGACGUUAGACCGCAGACGGAACGAGAACAUUAUGGUGUCGGCGGAUGAGCCACCGCCAGGCGCUGGUCUCGCGCCGACCGCGGUGAGACUGGCUCCCAGAGCCUCUCCAGAGGCUGACGACGUAGAUUAAAACAUAAUAAAAUUGUAAACCGCUUUGAAUAUAUUCAGUUUAUAUGUAUCUACAGCUUAGAAUAAAGUCUAAAAUUCUUGGUCGAAAAUAAUUUUAUGAAAAAAAAAAUGCUUAGAUGGUACUUACUAAAGUGAUAAGGGGGUAAGUGAUUGCAUAAGAUGGAUAUAAAAAUAUUUAUUUAAAUCGAUGCGAAGCGAUUGUCAUUUGUCUUUGAUACAUAGAAUUGAUAUUGCAAUUUUACAUUCGAUCUUUGUGAACCGAUUAGAAAACUGUCUUUGCAUAGUCAGAACAAACUAUAGUAGUUAUAGACUCAUUAGAUCUUAGGUUCUAAUGAUAUAUCAAUACACUACACAUGUUAACAGAACUUUGUGAUGUUAGGUGUCGUAGUGACUCUGAAACCGAUCGUUUCUACAAAAGGUGUUUGUAGUGUUUAAUACGUCGCUGCCAUUAUUACAUCGUAUGUAAAUAUUUAGGUAAAGUUAUAUUUAUUAGGAUUUUAACGUGUUUGUGAUUUGUUACUUUGGAACAUGCUUAACUGGAGGAGCUGGAAGUCGGCGUUGUUUUUUCUUACAGAUAUUUAGUUGAUUGCAAUAAAUAUUUCAUUAAAAA